AUGACAGCUAAGGAUGCUUCCACGUCUGACUCCUUCAUCCAAGGUCGUUACACUGGGAGUAAGGACGAUCUCGAUUGCACCCUAUUGGAUAUCAACACCGGAACUCAAGGAGUUAAAGUCGCAACUAGAGGAACUGAUAGAAAAGAAGUUUAUCCGAUCAAGUACACCACAAUGGGAAGCCCAGUUUUGCUAGUAAAGAAAAAUGAUGGUAGUAUGAGAGCCAGUGAUGUCGGAUGCACCUAUGCCUUUCACUCCACCACCAUCUCCUGCAGCAGCAGUAAUCGUGGUAGUGACAGUAGUGGUGGUGGUGGUAGUAAUAGUAGUAAUAGUGAUAGUGGUAGUGGUAGUAGUAGUAGUAGUAAUAGCAGUGGUAGUAGUGGUGGUAGUGGUAGUAGUGUUGGUGGUAAUAGUGGUAGUGGUAGUGGUAGUAAUAGUAGUAGUAGUGGUGGUAGUGGUGGUAGUAGUGGUAGUGGUAAUAGUAUAGUCGUCGUCUUUUCCCAGAGUCUAUAA